GUACUCUUCAAUUGGUUGUAAUUAUUUGUUGUGUGCUCUUCUUGUAAGCAGCUUGUCUACUCUUCUAAAAGUAUUUGUUGUGUUAGUUCAUUGGAUUGUUGUAGGCCUGCUGGUGUAGCCUGUUUGAUUUGAAGAUGAAGUGUUUGCUUGUGCUAGUUAUAGGAGCAAUGAUAAUGCAAGCAUGGGCUGGAAAACCUUCUCCAGUGGAAGAAGAAGAGGAAGAAUACGAAGAAGAAUCAAAAGAAAUCACCAGAAAACCGAUCAAAAGAGGAAUAAUCGAUUAUGGAACAGGCUACCAUCAUCCAUAUGGAGCUUUCCCCGCCUAUCCAUAUCAUGGAUACGGUUUCCAUUAUCCUCCCACCCACACCUACAAUACUAUCCACAAACCAGUAGCCGUUCCAGUUCCUCAGCCCUACCCAGUAACCGUUACCAAAGCAGUUCCUGUUCCAGUCCCCCAAGCUGUUCCUGUGGCUGUACCUCGACCUGUACCAGUACCAGUUCCACAACCCUAUCCAGUAACGGUUACCAAGCAUGUUCCAGUAACCGUAAAUAGACCGGUACCUGUUCCAGUUCCCCAUGCGGUCCCGGUAUCCGUUCCACAUCCAUAUCCCGUUCCCCAUCCUUAUCCAGUGGUGGUAUCUAAGCCUAUAGCAUUUACCUUGGAUAAGCAUCAUCACCAUAUUCCUUCCCAUUAUGGUUCACCUUAUGGAUCACUUCAUGGGUUACAUUAUGGACUGUCUGGUUACCACAGAUGAGAGACACACUGAGUUUAUGAUUUCUCAAUGGACUUUAGUGUUUCUACUAAUACGGACUUGAAGUUACCUUCGCACUGCCAAAAAUUGUGAAACUGCCUUCACAGCUUUACAUCGGUCAUAAGGCUUUAAAUUUUGUAAAUACUUUGUUGAUAUUGAAUUCUGUAUAAUUUUAUGAUCUGUAUAGUUUAUAUGUUUUAUAGUAAAGUAUGUUGAAAUGUUGAACACUUAAAUUAGCAUUUAUUUCAUUCACAUUCCUUUUU